AAGACAAUGACGCGGUUCCUGGCCUGAUAAGGCGUUGUAGUCCCGGUACCAGUGAACCUUACAAUCAUUGCCACAUAUCACAAUGGUUAAAACACUCCUUUUUGUUGUCGGGGUCGCCCUUCUGACCAAGGUGUCCGUGGGACUGGACUUCGCCGGAGACAUUGGGUUCGGUGGUGGUAUCGGAGGCUCUCCGAGUCACCAGGACGGAGUUAUCCACGGAGACACUUUGGUCGUGGACAAUUGUGACCCAAAUGAUCCGAACUCCUGUGGAGAUGGUAAAUGCUGCGUGAAAGAGGGUAUGAUGUACAUUCCCGAGGCCCCGGGACCUAAGCCUGCUUACCGUCUCAGCUGUAGGGACCUGGCAGGUGAAGGCCAUUUCUGUAUGGCCUCCCCUACCACGGAGAUGUGUCCGUGUGUUACCGGUCUCACCUGUAAAACGACCCUCGGAUCAUUUGGUCACUGCCAUCAUUAGAUAUAAAUAACCAGUGAUAUUGUCUUGUGUAAUGUGAUAUACACGUAAUAAACGUACCUGAAUUUUUCUGAGAAAAAAAA